AUGCUGUGCACCAUUCUGUGUGCUAUGCUGCCCCUCUCCAUGCACUUCGUGUGGGGGCUGUGUGCAUUCGUGCUGCUCAAAAGCCGCCUGUCGGAAGCUCCGAGACGUCUCAAAAUUGUGUGCCGUGCUGCCCCUCUCCCUGCUCUGCAGUUCGUGUGGGGACUGUGCGCCUUCGUGCUGUUCAAGAGCCGCCUGUCGGAAGCCACGCGGUACCAUAUGGGCACGUACCACAUCCUGCUUGGGAAGUUCACCUACUAUGCUGGCAUCGGCACGUGGGUGGUGAGUGUGACACCCACCGGUCACCGAUACCAUGCUUGCUGCUGCACUUUGCGCAUGCUGAAGCCACGUGGUACCAGAUGGGUACGUGCCAUUGGCAAGCUCACCUACUAUGCUGGCAUCGGCUUGUGUGUGGUGAGUGUCGCAACGGUACCCUUAGUUAGCAUGCUUGCUGCUGCUGUGCUGGGAACGCUGAUCCUGGCCCUGGCUUUCUCUCCCUGCUCUGUAGCAGGUGUGGUGGGCGAUGCUGAGAGGGAGGAGGAGCGGGAGGGUUGGAAGGGUGGAAACGGGUUUGCGGUCAUGCAGGUGGUGAUGGUGCAAGUGGGACAGCCGCACUACGGCAGUGCGAGCAUGGCUGAGAGCUGGGCGUCGCUCUUCCUCUGGCUCACCUCCGCUGCUGUGUUUGGCGCCAUGACAACUUCCAGGACCGCCGAGCUCGUCACUGACUCCGAUGAGAAGGACGAUGGAAAGAGAGUUGCGGUGUAG